CUUCCGGUGCUGGUGGGCGGGGCUCCGCUGUCCCGGUCUGGAUUCUUCACUCGGGAGCGCGAGACGAGCUGAACGCGAAUGCAGCCAUAUUCGGCUUCACCGCGAAGCACACCGGCAGCGCAGGCAUACACGCAAGAAUUCGCCUACUUAGAAAAAGCACCCAGUCCCGGUUUUCGGAGGGCGUAUUCAUGUAGGUUAAAGGCGUGUGUAGUUCUUCAUUUGGGAGUUUAUAAUUGAAGGUUUCCAGUUGAGCGGAAUGAGCGUCCAGUCAUCCUGAGAUUCGACGGGAGAAAAAGACCGACACAUCUCGCAAAGUGGAAAGUACAGAUUUGUCCGGAUUAAGGCAAAUGGAGCCGCCAGGGCCUCAGGAGUGAGGAGGGGGUGGAGACGCUGGAAAGCAGCGGACAACAACGGGGUUAGGCGCAUUAGGGCUUCAUUUAUCUGAGCACAAUGUUGGGCACAUUUUGCUAGCUGGAUGGCUGGCUAGCAGUUGGAGACUGGGACUUCCGAGCUCCACACAUAUCAGCCAGAUAAAUACUAUUUGUAUAUAUUUAUAACGCUAAUCCCCGUUAUAUUAAUUUCGACAAGAGUUGUUUUAUCCUUGCUGGCUCUGGGAGUGGUAUCCAGGCCGCUAAAUUGGUAGAAAAUGUCUGCGAAGGUGCGCCUGAAGAAGUUGGAGCAGUUGCUGCUGGAUGGCCAUCAGAAAAACGACAAGUCAUUGAGUGUGGAGACUCUGCUGGAUAUCCUCAUAUGUUUAUACAACGAGUGCAGCAAUUCGCCCUUAAAACGGGAAAAACACGUGACAGACUUUUUGGAAUGGGUGAAGCCAUUCACAACCACCGUGAAGGAGAUGCGCCUUCACAGAGAUGACUUUGAGAUGCUCAAAGUGAUUGGCAGGGGAGCCUUCGGAGAGGUUGCUGUGGUGAAGAUGAAACACACCGAACGUGUUUACGCCAUGAAGAUUCUCAACAAGUGGGAGAUGCUGAAGAGGGCUGAGACGGCGUGUUUCCGGGAAGAGAGGAACGUCCUGGUGAAUGGAGACUGCCAGUGGAUCACUACCCUGCAUUAUGCUUUCCAGGAUGACAACUACCUGUACUUAGUGAUGGAUUAUUACGUGGGAGGCGACCUGCUGACUUUGCUUAGUAAAUUUGAGGACCGACUCCCGGAGGACAUGGCCAAGUUCUAUGUGGCAGAGAUGGUGCUCGCUAUCCACUCCAUCCAUCAGCAGCGCUACGUACACAGGGACAUAAAACCAGACAACGUGCUACUGGACAUGAACGGUCACAUCCGUCUCGCCGACUUCGGCUCCUGUCUGAAGAUGAUGCAAGAUGGCACGGUCCAGUCAUCAGUGGCUGUGGGCACCCCAGACUACAUCUCCCCUGAGAUCCUGCAGGCCAUGGAGGAUGGCAUGGGGAAAUACGGGCCGGAGUGUGACUGGUGGUCUCUAGGAGUCUGCAUGUAUGAGAUGCUCUACGGUGAGACGCCCUUCUACGCUGAAUCCUUGGUGGAGACCUACGGGAAGAUCAUGAACCACGAGGAGCGUUUCCAGUUCCCCUCUCACAUCACGGAUAUGUCCGAGGAGGCUAAAGACCUGAUCCAGCAGCUGAUCUGCAGUAGAGAGCAUCGGUUGGGUCAGCACGGCAUCGAGGAGUUCAAGAAGCACCCCUUCUUCUCUGGCAUCGACUGGGAGAACAUUCGCAACACAGAGGCACCGUACAUCCCUGACGUCAGCUCUCCCUCAGACACCUCCAACUUUGAUGUAGACGAUGAUGUGCUGAAAAACCCGGACAUCGCUCCCCCAGUAUCUCACACAGGUUUCACCGGGCAGCACUUGCCCUUCGUCGGCUUCACCUACACCACAGACAGCUGUUUCUCAGACCGCAGCAGCGUGAGGAGGGUGGCGCUGGCAGAUGGAGGCGCCGGGGAGGAUCUCCAGGAUGGGGGUCUGCAGGUUGAAGCUUUUGAGAAGAGGAUUCGCUGUCUGGAGCAGGAGAAACAGGAGCUCAACCGCAAGCUGCAGGAAUCCACUCAAGCUGUUCAGUCCCUCCAUGGCUCUGGGCGUGGGGCUGGCACACUUGGUCGUGAUAAAGAGAUUAAAAAACUCAAUGAGGAAAUUGAUCGGCUCAAAAAGAAACUGGCAGACUCUGAUAGGCUGGAGCACCAGCUCGAGGAGGCAGUGACUUUGAGACAGGACUUUGAAAGUUCCUCCAGCAAACUAAAGGCCCUGGACAAGCAAGUCAAAGCUCUCAAGCAGGAGAAGGAGGAUAUCCAUAAGCAACUGAUGGAGUCUCUGGAUCGCCUGAAGUCUCAGACCAAGGAGCUGAAGGAUGCCCACCAGCAGCGGAAGCUGGCCAUGCAGGAGUUCUCAGAGCUGAACGAGCGCAUGGCUGAGCUGCGCUCGCAGAAGCAGCGUCUGUCAAGGCAGCUGCGGGACAAGGAGGAGGAGAUGGAGGUGGUGAUGCCGAAGAUCGAUGCCAUGCGCCAGGACAUCCGCAAAACCGAGAAGGCCCGCAAAGAGCUGGAGUCUCAGCUGGAGGAUGCGCGUGCCGAAGCCUCUAAGGAGCGUAAGCUCAGAGAGCACAGUGAAGUCUACUCUAAACAACUGGAGAGCGAGCUGGAGAUGCUCAAGGUCAAGCAGGGAACGGGUCGCGCCUCAGGUCCCAGUUCAGAGACUCAGCAGGAGCUCACCAAGCUGAAGUCAGAGCUGGAUAAGAAGGUGCUGUUCUAUGAGGAGGAGCUGGUGAGACAUGAUGCCAGCCACACUACAGAGCUGAAGAACCUGAGGAAGGAGCUCCAUGACUCUGAGGGUCAACAGCUGUCACUGAACAAAGAGCUGCUGGUGCUCAAAGACAAACUGGAAAAGGCCAAGAGAGAGCGGCAAACCGAGAUGGACGAGGCCAUGGGUGCGCUGAAGGAGAAGUUUGAACGUGAACGCAACCUUCUGAGUGAAGAAAACCGUAAACUCACUGCAGAAACAGACAGGCUCUGCAACUUUGUGGACAAGCUGACGGCUCAGAAUAGGCAGCUGGAGGAUGAGCUCCAAGAUCUGGCAUCGAAGAAAGAGAGUGUAGCACACUGGGAAGCACAGAUUGCUGAGAUUAUCCAAUGGGUGAGUGAUGAGAAAGAUGCACGUGGCUACCUUCAGGCUCUGGCCUCCAAGAUGACGGAAGAGUUGGAGUCUCUGCGUAGCUCAAGUCUGGGAUCCAGAACGCUGGAUCCUUUGUGGAAGGUGCGCCGCAGUCAAAAGUUGGACAUGUCUGCCCGUCUGGAGCUGCAGUCGGCCUUGGAAGCUGAAAUCCGUGCCAAGCAACUGGUUCAGGAUGAGCUGCGCAAGGUCAAAGCUGCCAACAUCUCUUUCGAGAGCAAACUGAAGGAUACAGAGGCCAAGAACAAAGAGUUGGAGGAACAGCUCGAGAAUAUGAAGAAGGAGAUGGAGGAGAGCCGCUCGCGAUCAGACAAAGGCCUGAAACUGCCUGACUUCCAGGACUCCAUCUUUGAGUACUUCAAUACCUCUCCCCUGGCCCAUGACCUGACAUUCAGAGACUCUGUCUCCUCCUCAUCCGCAUCUUCUCUGCUUGCAUUUUGGGAUGAAACAAGCUCCGUCGGUGAUGUGGAUGCCACACCCCAGAAGACAGACAUCCCUACUUCCUCCCUAUCAGUGGCUUCAGAACAGGAUGAACCAGUCAAGCCUCAAGCAACCACCCCUGCUGCCCCUUCUCCAAUCUAUCAGCCCACGCUAAGUGCGCCAAAGCCUAAAGCUCAUCAGCUGAGCAUUAAGACUUUCUCCAGCCCGACCCAGUGCACUCACUGUACCUCCCUGAUGGUGGGCCAGAUCCGACAGGGUUAUGCCUGCGAGGUAUGCUCUUUCAUCUGCCACGUGUCCUGUAAAGACUAUGCGCCCCAGGUUUGCCCCAUUCCUCCAGAGCAAGCCAAGAGGCCUCUGGGUAUUGAUGUGCAGAGGGGCAUUGGCACAGCGUACAAAGGUUUUGUCAGGAUCCCGAAGCCCACAGGAGUGAAGAAGGGCUGGCAGAGGGCAUAUGCUGUAGUGUGUGACUGUAAGCUCUUCCUCUAUGAGGUGCCAGAGGGGAAGUCCACUCAGCCUGGUGUGAUGGCCAGUCAGGUCCUCGACUUGAGAGAUGAAGAGUUCUCUGUAAGCUCUGUGUUGGCAUCUGACGUGAUCCAUGCCAGUCGUAAAGACAUUCCCUGCAUAUUUAGGGUAGCAUCAUCCGCUUCGAACUCUCCAGUCCGGCCAGUGCCUCUGCUGGUGUUAGCUGAGAGUGAGGCGGAGAAGAGGAAGUGGGUGGGCAUUCUAGAGGGCCUGCAGAACAUCCUGGCCAAGAACCGCCUGAAGAACCGUGUGGUGCAUGUCCUGCAUGAGGCCUACGACAGCAGCCUGCCUGCCAUCAAAACUACACUCUCUGCUGCCAUCGUAGAUCGAGAACGAAUUGCGUUGGGGACAGAAGAUGGCCUGUUUGUAGUCGAGAUCACCAGAGAUGUCAUUGUUCGUGCUGCUGACUGUAAAAGAGUCUGCCAGAUUGAGCUCAUGCCCAAAGAGAAGAUGGUGGCCCUGCUUUCUGGCCGUAACCGCCAUGUCCAUUUAUACCCCUGGGCGGCACUGGAGGGUGCGGAUGUUAAUUUCGAUGCCAAGUUGACGGAUACAAAAGGCUGCCAGGCUAUGACUAUAGGUAACCUACGCCCCGGUGGUCCAGCGUGUCUCCUAGCAGGUGUGAAGCGGCUGGUCAUCUGCUACGAAAUGCUGCUGUGCUUCAGUCAGCUGGGAGUGUACGUGGAUGCGACGGGACGACGCUCACGAACGCAGGAGCUGAUGUGGCCCGCCACACCACUUGCCUGCAGCUCAAACUCGAACUACCUGACGGUGUACAGUGAUUAUGGUGUAGAUGUGUUUGACGUCCACACCACAGAAUGGGUCCAGACCAUCUCAUUAAGAGGAAUUCGGCCCCUGAAUGUGGAGGGCAGUCUGAACCUGUUUGGCUCUGAGCAGCCCCAUCUCAUCUACUUCAACAACAACUCCUCAGAUGGCUGUGAUCUAGCCAUCCCUGAGACCUCGGACAACAGCAAGAAGCUGAUGGUGAGGACACGCAUGAUUGACUCCCAUGGCUUUAUUACUCAUCCUAACAUCCUUUUCUUUCAUUUUACUGCACAGCGCCAAGUCUUUCCCCUCUCUCUGCAUGUUUCUUCUUCUUCAAAGCCAGCCAGCUCCACUCUUCCACCCUCACACCCUUUUCUCUGUCUCUUUUUCCUCUUCACGUCGCUCCUUCUGUUUUCGCUCUGGUCGUGGAUUCGCUCUGUCCUCUGGUUGCCGUGGCAGCAGCAGAGCGAGACUCCCUCCCCCUCAUCCUCUCGCCACCAUGCCCUGAUCUCCCCUCCGACCAACUUUGAGCACGUCUAUCACAUGAGUCCCGUCUCUGCCGGGCUCUAUCUGCAGAAAGAGCCUUCUUCCCAGCAGAGCCUACUUCAGUUCUCCUCUUCCUCCUCCUCUCCUUCCACAUCCUCCCUGGGAAGGAGUGUGAUGCCCUCUUCUCAGGACGACCUGUCUAAAGACAAGCCCCGGCCUCUGUCCAGCAUUUCACGGCAACAGAGGAGUAAGACCCACAUCACCCGCACUGCCUCAGGAGGAGGAGAUUUUGGAGGAGCAGGGUCAUCUCGCAGUAUUUCUGAUCAAGAUCAAGACUUUGAGAGAGAGCCCGACUCUGACUCAACCAAACAUUCCACCCCCUCCAACAGCUCCAACCCCAGCAGCCCCCCGAGCCCCAACUCUCCCCACCGCAGUCAGCUCACUCUGGACAGCCUGGAUCAAUCCCUGGACGGCUGAAAACGGACAGCUCCCUUUUUUUCACCCAGCGCACACCCUAGACAUGCCCUUCCAUAUCCAUCUGCUCUACUAGGACUCACUAAGAAGUGCCAAGACUCUUACAAAAAGUUACCCUGCUCAUCCACCACAAGGGCCAAAGGUUUACCCCAAAUCCUGCUGCUGGGUAGACACUGCCACAAGAGCAGCGUGAUGGGUGUGUGCUGACAGGCACAGGCGAAGCCACCAAAAGAAAAGAAAAAAAACCAUAAAAGCCUGUCCCCUGAUGGAAAUGUCAUGGUAUUACACUAACUGGGUCAGAUUAGCAGUAUGAUGGAUUUUCAUUUUAUUUUAAAUCUGAAUAUCAUGCCAUGCUCCUGCAAGUUUUUUUUUUUUAAUUAUUAUUUACUUUAGUAAAUGAACAUGCAUUACAUCUGCUGUGUCAGAAUUGCUUCUGGAUUCUUAGCUUCCCUUCAAAGUACCGAAUUGAUGGGAAAAGAGACUUCUUAUGCUGUUUUUAAAUGUAUAUUAUCAGGAACACUCAUCAAGGAGGCCGAAGAGAGAAGCGUAUCGGGAUGAAAGAAACUGAGGACGAUAUAGAACUGUGACAUUCUUGGACCAGUAACAUGAUUCGUCACGGACCGGUGAAAACGUCUCAUAUGAGCAAUAAAUCGGUGAUAGAGACUUCGGGGGUUUAAAGCCAAACCAGAGGGCACUUUUAUUGUUAUGUAAUUUCUCUUUCUCUCUCAAGUUCUGCAUUUAAACCAGCCUUUAUAAUAUUCAUGUUUUAACUUAGAUGUUUCCCACAAAAAUAUCUAGUUCAGCUUAUCACAAAAAAGAAAGCAACAAAAAGGAAGACUUUACAUAUAGAUAAGUGUUUUAAUAAAAAUACAAAGGAGACCGGCACACAGCUACUAUUCAUAGGAUUUCUGUAGUUCCUCUUAAGCUGCUACUGCUGCUUUGUGUGCUCUAUUUAAAAAUGAAAGUUAAAAAAAAAUAUAUGUGAUAAGGUUAUCUCACCAUAGCCAUGCUCUGAUUCUGGUUUAUGAUGUUUGAUAUCAGGACGCUGAUAUGAGUUUGUUUGUUGACAUGCUUAAGAUCCGCAGGCAUAUCCAUUAUCACUCUAGUGUGCCUUCAGUGCCAACUUUCGUUUCCGUAAUAAACUGUCCGCUAAAGCAUUUCAGUGGUUUUGACGAGGCUGACGGUAAUGUAUUGUUUUCCCCCCACCCUUCUGAAACACUGUAAGACACUUGCACACGUUUUUAGUCUAAGGAUAUGAUUUUGUGUGAAUGGUUUUUCCUGUACCUCCUUUUUCUCCCCCAUACUUCACUUGUCCACUUCAUCAGAUGGAAGUGUAUCCUCAAAACACUACUGCUUUUACUUUAAAAGAAAAAAAGAAUCACAGGUUGAAAUCUUUGUAAUUAUUGACUUGUUAGCCACAUAAAUUUGAACAAACAAUAAAAGAGUACCUGUCGUGCUUUUUUUUGUUGAA